AUUAGAAACUUCCAGAAAGAUAGAGAAAAACAAAGAAAGAAAGCUUACCUCGCAAGCAAGCAAGCAAGCAUGGUGGCCGGAUUCCCUCGCUCUCUCUCCCUCCCCGGAACCCUCGCCGGAAAACCCCGCUCAUCGGAGAAAUCUCGCCAUGUUCGCUCCACCAGCCUACCCUCCCCAUCCAACCCUCUGAUCUCUCAUCUCGGUGACGAGAUCCAAGCUCUCCGCGCCUCUCUCUCCCACCCCCACUCCUCCACCUCCAUCUCCUCCACCCUCUCCCUCCUCGACCACCUCCUCUCCUCCCUCCACGACCUCCUCCUCCUCCCCCAAUCCCAAGACUCCAUCCGCCGCCCCAGAUCCGCGUCAUGGACCGAUCACCUUCUCGACGACUCCCUCCGCCUCGCCGACGCCUUCGGCUCCUUCCGAUCCGAGAUCAUCACCCUCAGAGACCACCAAUCCGCCGCCCAGACCGCGAUCCGGAGACGCGAUGAGCCACGCCUCGCAUCCAGCCUCCGAUCCGUGAAGAAAACCGAGAAAGAUCUAGUCCGUCUCGCAUCAACCAUCAGAGAAACCACCCGAUCCGCGGCCGAUCUCGCCGAUGCGGAGCUCGCCGGGGUUGUUAGGGAUGCGAUGUUGGUAGUGGCCUCAGCAUCGGAGUCGGUUCUAUUGGGGGUGUCUUCAGUGUCGUCAGCUUCAUCAGCGGUGAGGUCAUUGUGGCGGUUAGCGUCUAUGCCGGCGGCGCCGGCGGCGAAGAAGAAGGAGAUGGAGGAUGAGGAGUGGAGGAGAAGGGAGCUGGAGAGGAUGGAGAGGAUGGAGGAGUGGAUGGCGGAGAUGGAGACGAAGAGUGAAGGAGUGUUCAAGGGUUUGGUUAAUAUUAGAGUUUCACUGCUUAACAUGAUAACUCCUUCUUUAUAAUAAUAUUUAUAUUUAUAUUUAUAUAUAUAUGAAAAAUUAGAAAAUAUAUGUAUGAAUUAUAUAAAUUGAGGAAAAAUAUAUUUAUGUGAAAGAGGAUGAGUUGUAUAAUAUUUUCCCAUUUUGGGAAGGUUUUUUUGAAGUGGUAUCAUUGAACA